AUGACUGAAGCUGUUUAUGAGGAGAUUCAGCGGAGACCCAUUAAUAGUCAUGGUCUUUUCACUCAGAGUGGAAGUGUGAUUUCUGAAGAACAGUACUCUGGGUUUGAAGAUGCUGAUGAUGAGUUUCUUUCAGACUCUGUGCAUGUGAGGUUGGUUGGUGGUCACAGUCGCUGUGCUGGUAGAGUGGAGGUUCUUCAUAGAGGUCAGUGGGGAACAGUGUGUGAUGAUGAAUGGGAUUUGGCUGCUGCUGCAGUGGUGUGUAGAGAGCUGGACUGUGGAGAACCUGUAGAUGCUCUGUAUAAUGCUCAUUUUGGACCGGGAUCAGGACUAAUCUGGAUGAGUUUUGUCUUAUGUACUGGAUCAGAGACCACACUAAAGAACUGUGGGUCAACUGGAUGGGGUAAAAGCAACUGUGAUCAUAGUAAAGAUGCUGGAGUCAUCUGCUCAGAAGUCAGGCUGGUUGGAGGUUCUCGCUGCUCUGGGAGGUUAGAGAUACUUCAUGAUCAGACGUGGAUGUCAGUGUGUGACGCUGUCUUUGACCAGCAGGAUGCAGAGGUUGUGUGUAGAGAGCUGGACUGUGGGGCUCCUGUACAGGUGCUGGGAGCAGCUGCUUUUGACAAAGGAGACACUCAGAGGUGGACACAAGAGUUUCAGUGCAGAGGAAAUGAGUCUCAGAUUCAUAUGUGUCCAACGCAAUGCGAGAGUGAGGUUGGUUGGUGGAAAUAA